AAAUCGGGUCCACUACUGUGCGGCCCUACCCAGCCCAAGUCAGUAUUCCGCAAUCCAGCCAUCUCGUCGGUCGCACGCAUCCACCCCACCACCGCCGCCGUCCCCGCGCCCGUCUCGUCCGGUUCGUCCCGACCUCAAGGCCACCCGCCGGCGACCGAACGUCCAUGACGGAGGAACGCAUUUCCAGGGCCUCCGACGAGCCCACCACCGCGACCAAGCAGAGGAAGAAGAGGAGGUGGGACCAACCCGCAGAGGACUUGGUCGCUGCGGCUGCUGCUGCUGCGGCGGCGGCGGGAUUGCCCGUGUUGAACGUCGGAGCUCUGUCCGGCGUUCAAUUCCCUGGCACUACCGCGUAUCCCGCUGUUCCUUAUGCUUUGCCGCACCAGCUCGCUCCAUCGGUGCUUCAGAGUGCCGCUGCUGCGAUUCAGAAAUUAAGUCAGGCAAAAGUACCGGAUGAGCUUAUAGCACGAGAAGUUGUUAUAAAUGAUGCUGAUCCAUCUGUGCGGUAUAAGCUCACGAAACGGCAAACACAGGACGAGAUUCAACGAUGCACAUGCACUGUCAUCAUUACAAGGGGAAAAUACCAUCCUCCUAAUGGACAGCCUGAUGGUGAGAAGCCACUCUAUCUACAUAUCUCUGCAGGAUCUCAGCUAAAAGAUACUGCUGAGCGCAAUAAAGCAGUUGAUCUUGCAGCGUCAAUGAUCGAGGAAAUCUUGAAACAUGGCCAAACGCCAGAAGCCCCAUCAGCCCAUUUCCCUUCUAUUCAGAGCAACAGACAGGCUGUUCCUUUUAGCGCCUCAAUCUUUUUGGGUUUUGACGCAGAUCCAUCGUUGAAUGUUGCAGCUCGCAUCCGUGGACCAAAUGAUCAGUACAUAAAUCACAUCAUGAAUGAAACAGGGGUCACUGUUGUACUAAGAGGAAAAGAUUCAGGGAAUCUUGGCAAUUGUCAUAAUGAAGCAUCACAGCAACCUCUGCACAUGCACCUAUCAAGUGUGCAUUUGAAGAGCCUAGAAGUUGCAAAGAUUUUAGCAGAAAACCUUCUAGAUACAAUAGCAGCUGAACUUGGUGCUUCCAGAAUUUCUUCUUCAAAAGUAUAUGGCGCUGUUCCACCUCCUCAGCAACUGUUGACUGGUGUGCACACCUCGGGAACAUCAGAUAUAUUUGUGUCAACAGGAGCAUCACAUUCCUUUUCCCCUACUGGAGUUACUUCUCCCAUAGCUGCCCCUUCAGCGACACUUCAAUCUGGGGUACCAACUUAUUCUGGGAUUCCACCACCUAGUAACCUGAUUUAUCCUAGUCAAGCAGCAAAGGCUGGGGCUUUUUACAAUGGCUAUGGAGACAUCUAUGCCCAGGCAACUCCAUUGCAGCAGGUGGCAUUAACACUCAAGCAUGCUUCAUCUUCGACAACUCAGGUUGUUCCAGUGGCAUCCACAUCAGCAAGCAUGAUGACAAAUGUGAACCCAAGUACAAAGUUGGAGGCAGAUAAACGCUCACAGAGGAGGAAAUUCCAGGAACUGCCAACAGCAGACCUUCAGAACUCACAACAGGGGUCCAAAUUUGUUAAGACAGGUUUAGAAGAUUUAGGUAAAAUGAACAGUUCAUUGGCUGCAGCUGCAAUGAAAGUUCAACCUGGAUCAAAUAGGAUACUUCCACAAGAUCCACAUCCAUCUCAUCUGUCUGUAUACACUAGCAUGCCGCCGCCGCCGCCACCACCACCCAAGAACAUGUCACUGCCAUAUCCCAAUAACAUGCCAGCCCCACCGCCCAGGAGCAUGCUUCAGCCAGCACUACCACACAAGAACAUGUCACUGCCCUACUCCAAUAGCAUGCCGCCCCCACCGCCCAGGAGCAUGCCUCCGCCACCACCUAAGUUCCCUUCAAAUGAAGUGUUAAGAAAUGAGAAUAUACAUUCAUAUCUAAAGGAGACGUUGGCGCCUCUGAGAUCGUUGGACGCGAGUUCUGCUGCACCACCUUCAAAGGAGCCUAAUAAAGAGGAAAAGCCAAGUAGUGCAUCUGUUUCCGAUACUCUGCUGAAGCUUAUGGACUAUGGGGAUGAUGAUGAUGAUGAAGACGACGACUAGCGUGCCUGGAGGGAGUACAGCUCCCAGUUCAGAGCAGAAACCGUUUUGGUCGGUGUGAGAAUGAGCGUGUAGUGUAACUGUACUGUGAGUACACUACUAGUGUGAAUGGAAAUGUAGGUUGACAGCCGUAUUUACCUCUCCUGAUGCAUUUUCUCAACGCAACAAGUCCUUGAGCUUGUCAUUUCGUAUCAGUGCUAUCAGGUCAACAGAUUUGCUUGAUCCA